AUGCCGCGCGGCAGUCCGGCAGUCAAAGUCGCCUGCUGUCUGUGUCAUGACCGGCGGGUCAAAUGCGACCGCAGUGAAGGUGUCGCUUGUUCCAAUUGCCGGAACGCCCGGCGCGAGUGUGAGCCAAUUAUUUCUCGCCGUGGACGGAGACGUAAGCUUCCGAUCUUACGCACUGGAGCAGGCCCGAGCAGGAAUCUUUCAGAGACUCCUCACAAUGUGCCGUAUGAAGGAGUGACGACUUCAAACCAACCCCUGGCCACUCACCAUACUCAAGGGGAUAGAGAUAAGCGACACCAAGAGCCCUACUUCCCAGCUCUUGGGCCCAGUGGCAAAACGCUGUAUGUUGGAGAUUCUUCUAAUCUCAACUACUUGAUCCAACAGUUUGGAAAUCCCUUCGGGGGUACGACAGAUGUUCGUCCUCUUCAGGACCACCUCCAAGGGGCAAUGCUGGCUCGGUUGGGUAGGCCGACAACGCAAGAAAUUGAAAGGAUUCACGUAUCUACUAUUGAACACCUUCAAAGGCAAGGGGCAUUUGACCUGCCAUCACAAGAGACAAGCCAGGCCCUUCUCAACGCUUACUUCCAUUACUCACUUGCUGCACUGCCUAUUCUUGAUAGAUCGAGAUUCCUUCUCACUCUCGAAGAGGGCACAUUUUCACACUUACUCUUAAAUGCUAUUUAUCUCGCUGCCACUAUCUAUUGUUCAGAUUCCGUCAUUGCUGAUGCCGGAUUUGGAUCCCGGUACGCCGCAAGCCUCACCUUUUACCGGAGAGCCAAAUUUCUUUAUGACGCUGGAUAUGAAACCGAUGCUAUCGCAACAAUUCAAGCUACAUUUCUUAUCUGCCAUUGGUGGAGUGGCCUUCUAGAGUACAAAGACCCUUGGUACUGGCUUGGGAUCUCAGCAGGAAUGGCACUCGCAUUAGGAAUGCAUCAUGCGUGGGUCUACUCAUCCCUCUAA